GAGAGAUGCUCACGGGUUUGCGCCCAGUUUUCCCCGCACAGCCGCGGCCACCUGUGGCGUGUUCGGGACCCAGACUCGCCGUAGGCCCGGGGAGCCUGUCAGUGGCGUCUGCGCGGGUUCUGCGUCCUGGCUCUGAGCGCAGGUUAUGUUAUCCCUUUCUGCCAGGAGCUGGAGUAAACACCAAAGCUUUUAGAAGAAAACAUAUAUUAUCACCUCAUUUGAAGAGGCCCUAGGAAAUACCAGCAGUAAUCAUCUAUAUUGUUGAAAUAAAUCCUGGAUAUAUGUAACACACCGAGCUGGCUACAGAUUGUUGUCCCAUGACAAUUAGAAGGCCAUCCCUGUGAGGAUUUCCAGAGCCUGCUCAUGCUCCCGAAGCAGACGACGCCAUGAAGUAGACAGCUUUACCCAAGAUCACGGAUCAAGAAUUUCCUCUCCAUUCUUCCCUUCAAACCUCUCCUCCCACUGAUCAGGAAAAUUCUCUGGCAGAAAUUUAAAGGAAACCCUUUCUCCUUUCGUUUACAGAAAGAUUGGCUGGUGGUUGCUUAUCUUAAUCUGUUCUCCCUGUUCCUCUACGAUGGGCCCCCUUUCAAACUGUGUCUUUCUUCAACUGAUCCUUACUGCUUUUUCAGCAGUUCUAGCACAACCCCUAUACCCGCUCAAACCAGUCUUCCAAACCCUGGCCACCUUAACUAAUCAAUCUGAUUGCUGGUUAUGUCAGCAUCUAGAUAACGCAGAAGAAUCUGAAGUAGUUUUUGUCCCUGCCAGUGUAAGCACCUGGUGGACCGUUUCUGGACAGUGGAUGUAUGAAGAGCACUCUGCUUCCUCCUCUGGUAGUGUUACUUGGCAUUGGGAAAUCUCCAGGGAUCUUCAAGGUUUAUCUUUUAUUCAGGUGAGACUAUUGGAGGAAAAUUUUUCUCUGUGCAUUGAAAAUAAAAAUGGCAAUGGACCUUUCUUGGGUAACAUACCAGAGCAAUACUGUAAUCAAACACUACUGUUUGAUUCCGCAGAAGGUAUCUUCAAGCCAUCUAUAGAUGUCAUAUCGUUCUAAGAGUGAUUAUUAUAAUGUGAAUGUUUGCCUAGUCACUGGACAGUAUUCCUGGUUCUCAGACCACACAAAUGGGACCUGGAGCAGCUCAGCUGUUCCUCUGGUACAUGUGCCUGAUACUAAAGACUACAAAUGGAUAGACCAAAAUUCUGGAAUGACCUGGUCAGGUAAUGACACCCAUCUCUAUAGCUGCCCAAACCGAACAGAAGGGAUUCUCUACCAAAUAUUUCGCAACCUGUUCUGCUCUUCUAGUCUGACAGAGGCACGUGGGAACUGGAGAUGUGUGGCUGUCAAUAGAGCUAAUGACAGAGGUCAAGAGGGAUACCAGGCUUCAACCCAGCGGGGCAUGGGUUCCACCCUGUCCUUGUCUAUAAACAACUCCGGUCUUUUUAUUUUGUGUGGCAAUAAGUUAUAUAAAGAGUUCCCACCUAAGUGGGCAGGGCGAUGUGGACUUGGAUACCUGGCACCUUCUGUCACCAAGUAUUCUGCUUUAAAUGCUAGCCAAAUUACAAACCUGGGCUCCUUCAUACAUAAAGUAGCACCACGAAGCCGAAUCCAACGAGAUGCCAUAGGCAUUCCACCCACAUAUCGUAAGACCAGUUUAGCAAGCAUUAUAUCAAGUUUGGGAGCUGAGCAACAAAAAAAAGCAAUUCAAGGAAUUUCUGAAAUAAUGGAAAAAGAAUUGAUGGCUACCCGACAGAUUUUAGAAGCAUGCCAAUCAGGAGUUAAUUGGGACUCAGUCCUGCAAAGUCCCAGUUACCUGGAGAGACAGGCUACUGAACAAAGAAGCUGUGCAGUGGUUGGCAAGCAGUGCUGCCUCUAUGUGAACAAGUCAGGAAUAGUACAUGCUAAAAUCAAUCGUUUGCGAGAACUAGCCAAGCAACCAAAAAGCUUUGCUUGGAUUUCAGGAAUGGGGGACUGGUUGAGUGAAAACUGGAGCUAUGUGCUUGUAUUUGGGUUUUUUGGCUUCUUGUUCCUUGUUUUUAUCUGUGGUGGUGUUUCCAGGUACAGAUCUCUUACCUCCCAACACCUAACUCCAGUCGUCUCUCCACAGCAAUUGACAAGGCUCAUUGUCUCUGAAGCUUCAUGUCAGCUUUCAAAUGGAAAGGAGGGGACUGACCCCACCAGCAUGCCAUAAAGACGACUUUAAACUGAGAAUAUAUUAGUAGGAAAAAAACAGUUCUGCUUUGAAAUACCCUUUCCACGGGAUCCUUUGGUAACGAAGGAACCUGACUUAGCAUCAGGAAAUCCCAGGAAGGGUGUAAAUAAGUCCUAGCAGAACCAUUCAAUCUUUCCCAAUAAAGACUUAAUACCCUCCUCCCCUAUCUCAUUAAGCUAGUAUAUAAGACCUUACUUAAGGCUCUUCAAAGAGCUAUUCCUGAGAACAUGCUCCUCCCACAUAAAUGUACAAUAAGCUUUGCUCCUGUCUGUCAAUUGACAGGCACCACCCGCCCCCCCCACCCAGCCCCGCAACCACCUGAACCUAGUUUGUAGAAGAAAACCUUUCUUCCCAGUAACACUUUUAUAGAUUUUUCUGAAUACAGAAUAUGUUCAAAUACCUAAGGGAAUUUGGUUUUGUUUGAAGAUGUAAGAAAUCAAUGUAUAGUGCACAGUU